AUGAGUACACUAGCGAAUACAGAAAAAAACAUCACGAUUAAAGCUCAAUGGGGCAAAAUAGCUGCCAUAACUUGGGGUAAUUCGUCAAAUCCACCCGUGCUUCUAUGCCCUGGAAGAAUGGUCCCUUGCUCCAGCUUCCGACCGCUAAUCAAAAAAAUGCCUGACUGCUUCUUCUACGUAGCUAUCGACCUGCCUGGCAGCGGCUUGUCAGACCAUCUACCACCAGGCAUCCGGUACACUGUGUUCGAUUUAGUGCCAUCAAUUGUGAAGGUGGUGGAACACUUCAAAUGGGAGAAGAUUAUGUUUAUAGGACACUCUUUGGGGACUGUUCUUGGAACAUACUUUAACAUGGCGUAUCCGAACCGUGUAACCCGUUUCGUCCAACUAGACCCCAUACCCCUGUACCACACGGUGAUCCCGGAGACCUUCGAGGCCUGGUACCAGGAAUACUAUCGCAGCAAUUAUGAUGAUGAUCAGUACGUAAAGCAUACCAGUGGCCGGCAUACAGCACCCCGAUAUAGCUUGGAUGAUAUAAAAAGGCGACUGAUGACAGCCCAUAAAAUUAACGAGGAAACCUUGGAGCAUGUUUUAGACAGAUAUAUCGAACCAGCCGGAGAUGGCUUGUAUAGGUUCACCUACGACCAACGCAUGAAGAACACCACCACGAUGCCCUUCUCACCGGACAACUUAAAAUUAAUCUUGACAUCAGCGAAAAUUCCCAUCCUCGCAAUUUUCGCCAAAUUUGUCAUAGAAGCGGGAGCAUAUUCUAAAGUACCCUUCGCAUUUGACACAAAAGCGUGGCCACAUAAUAAUUACGGGUACAAAAUAGUGUCCGGAUAUCACGACGUGCAUAUGAGUAGCCCCGAGUUAAUGGCGGAUGAUAUAGCUAAGUUUUUAUUACAAUCAAAAGCUAAGUUGUAA